UCCACUGUCAGGCGGAGCCUUCUGCGAGCACGCCUGCACUUGUCUGUGCCACAUUCCCUUUCUGGCUUCAAAUAAAGUUUUCCUCUUCCCCCGCCGGUACGGAGUUCAAGAUGGCAGCCUCCUGGUCGCCCUUGGCUACCCUGCGCUGCAUAGCGCGGAGCGGGCUGAGAGGGAGAAGUGUCUGGUGCGGGGUCCGGGCCGCCGCCCCGGGGAGGCCCCUGUGGAAAGCCUAUACAGUUCAGACAUUGGAGAGCAUCACCUCAACUGCUGCUUCUGAGGCCCAUUUGAAAGCUUUGGCUAUUUGCCAAGGACCCCUGGACCAUUAUGACUUUCUGAUCAAAGCUUGUGAGCUAAAAGAUGAUGAACAUCAAAGAAGAGUCAUCCAGUGUUUGCAAAAGUUAUAUGAAGAUCUUAACGGGUACAGUGUAGAGGCAGAAGGCUUUUUGUCAAAGCUUUUUUCAAGGAGCAAACCUCCCAGGGGCCUGUAUGUUUAUGGUGAUGUUGGUACAGGGAAAACAAUGGUGAUGGACAUGUUUUAUGCAUAUGUGAAAACGAAGAGGAAAAAACGGGUCCAUUUUCACGGUUUCAUGCUAGAUGUGCACAAAAGAAUUCAUCGCCUUAAACAGAAUUUGCCAAAAAGGAAAGCAGGAUUCAUGGCUCAAUCAUAUGACCCAAUAGCUCCCAUUGCUGAAGAAAUCAGCCAAGAAGCAUCUCUCCUGUGUUUUGAUGAAUUUCAGGUCACUGACAUUGCUGAUGCCAUGAUUCUGAAACAGCUUUUUGAAAAUCUGUUCAAAAAUGGGGUCGUCGUUGUGGCAACAUCCAACAGACCACCGGAAGAUCUCUAUAAAAAUGGACUUCAAAGGGCUAACUUUGUGCCAUUUAUAGCUGUCCUGAAGGAAUAUUGUAAUACAGUCCCACUUGAUUCUGGGAUAGAUUAUCGGAAAAGAGUACUCCCUGCUGCAGGAAAACUCUACUACCUCACAAGUGAAGCUGAUGUGGAGGCUGUCAUGGAUAAGUUGUUUGAUGAGCUGGCUCAGAAACAAAAUGAUUUAACUAGACCAAGGAUUCUAAAAGUGCAAGGCAGAGAGCUGCGGCUGAAUAAAGCCUGUGGAACCAUUGCCGACUGCACAUUUGAAGAGCUGUGUGAGAGAGCAGUUGGAGCCAGUGACUAUUUGGAACUCUCAAAGAAUUUUGAUACACUAUUUUUACGAAACAUUCCACAAUUUACGCUGGCAAAGAUGACUCAAGCUCGAAGAUUCAUAACUCUCAUUGACAACUUGUAUGAUUUCAAGGUGCGGGUAAUUUGUUCUGCGUCGACUCCUAUAUCAAGCUUAUUUUUGUAUCAACAUGAUGACAGUGUGUUGGAGCAAAGCAGAAUACUGAUGGAUGAUUUGGGACUGAGCCAGGAAUCAGCAGAAGGGCUUUCCAUGUUUACUGGAGAAGAGGAAAUCUUUGCAUUUCAGCGCACAAUUUCCCGACUCACAGAAAUGCAGACUGAACAGUACUGGAACGAAGGGGAGAGGAGCAAGAAGUAACUGUCAAUUUCACAUGAAUAAAACUAGAUAAAUGACUAAUACAGGGAGAACUCUGUAUUUUAAGACUUGAAGGAACCAUUUUCUCAUCAUUAAUUAUGCACUUUGUCCUCUGGACCAUUUUAAUCUAAUAUUGCUGUCAAAGAUGUAGUGGAUUAGUAAGUUAAAGACUUACAUUUUUAUAGGUCUA